UUUUGGGUGCCAAACAAUGUGGGAAGUAAGGAAUUAAUUAAGAAAGCAUCCCAAUAUGACUCUACAUGUACAAGAGACUCAGAGAGAUACACUUAUUAGACAAAUGUAGACCGUAGAGAAGUUUGAAUAUGACUUGUUCCGCCUUUGUCCUCACAAGUUAUUCCAAUUAAUGGUAUUCUCCUGAUUGAUUCCUUUCUUUAUUUAUUUUUUAUCUUUUCUUUAUGUUUCGUUAAUUGUUAAAUGAUUCGUACCCAUCUCUUUCCUUUUGAACCCUAGUUUAUGAAUUCGAAUUGCUUGUCUGUGUUUGGUUUCUGAGGAAUUUGGUGUUUUAGAGGCAAGAGAAGUUUAGAAAGAGAGAUUGGUUGAGUUGGGGUGAGUGUGGGAGCAACACAUAAUCUGGUUUUUGUUAUGCCCUAACUCCUAAUUAAGAAGAGAUGUUUGAAAUUUGUCAUUUGUUUUACUGUGAAAAAUGGGAUUCUGAGAUGGAGGGAGAGCGAAAAGUUGCUGAAUUAGUGGUAAGCUUAAAUUACAUGUAUUUAUGAAGACUGCUACUGGAAGCAUUUCGAAAGUGGUUUUAAUGAAAUAUAAAGAACAAGCAAAAAGAAGUGGUAGUUAUGCAUGAAUAGCAAAGGUAUGUUAUUAUUUGCUAUUUUUGGGUUAGUUUGGUAGCCUAUUAUCAGUAUAAAUUAGAACAAGGGUCAUGGAUAUCAGUUUUCUAUUUUAUCAUGGGUAUAUUUGGAAGAGAUAUAAAUUCAAAUGAUAAUGAUGCCGUAUCUGUUUACUUUCAAUUGCUUAUUCUGGUUACUUGUGAGGUGUCCUAAAGAAAAUUGUGCUACGGCAUUAAAUUCUCUCUUUAUCAUCCGUAUGUAAGAGGUAAGACAAAUAAACUAGGUAUUUUUGGUUGUGAUCCAUUUUUCUUUACAAAUUUAAUUAGUUUCUCCUUUACAAUCCUGUUUUUUAUUGUCAACUGGUAUGACACGUAUCAUUUUAUGCGUUGGGGAAGGUAUUUUGAUGAGUUUCUUAGGUAAAUACUAUAUGCUCUUGUAGUAUUCAUGGGUUUCAUUGUUCUUAUGUGGUAAACUCUUAUAUGUUCAACUUUAGGUUUUGGUCACAUUUGAGUUGCAGAUACUUGUUUAUAGUUUUCUUUGCAAGUUAUUGAGACUUUGGGAUUUUUGAUUUCAAACUUGUUGUUUCCUCUUGUUUUCCUUUUUAGUUAUAGAAACUUUAGGAUUUCUGAUUUCAAUCUUGUGUUUUGUCUUGUUCAGAAAAUGGAUAUGGGACCAUGUCCAAAGUUCCACUCUUUGCAGCUGAGAAGAGAGUAUCCU